CUCUCUGUGCUGCUGAUGGUGGCUGCUCUGAUGGACCCUGUUGCUGUGGCACCCCUAGACCUACCCACAGAAGCCCCCUCAGGAGAAGGAGACACGGGGGCCACGGACCUCCUGAGUGACAGCCCGAUGUGGAGGACACUGCUCGACGCCACUCACCAACACAAACAAGAGUUUAACAGAGAAUUCACAGGCUCAAUUGAAUAUCUACAUUUGGACAACUUCAACAUUGUAUCUUUUCCAGAGGACUGUCGUAACACCUCAAUAAACAUGGAGGGGUGUCUGAGGAGGCUUGUCCGUGGUCUGCUUGUUUAUCAAGUUCUUCUCAAACAUGUGGAGAGAGAGUACCCAAACAGUCAAGUCUUGCCAAAUAUCAAGUAUUUUAGCAGCCUCUUGAUCAGUGCAACACGUCAAAAGAUGAGAAAACCAGAUGCUGUCAAAGCCCUGAGCAGAACUCAAGAGGAUAGUCUCCUGAAGGAAGUGGAUCACUUUGACAUGUUCAAUAGAAAAAUGUUUGCGCACAACAUCCUACGAAAACUGCACGAGUUUCUCAGAGACAUCCAGGUCAGCAUCAAGCGCAUAGAGAAAAGGCCUGGGACUUUAUUAUGA